CCCGCCCCUCAGGAGGAGCCCUCGUACGGCCAAGCCGGCCAGAAGCAGGCAAAGGAGAGCGCCGCGCGCUCCGACGUAACCCGCAUGGCCGCCAGCAACUCCGUCGCACUGUUUAACGGCAUCCCAGUAGACCCCAUGACCGGACGGCCCAUCGUUCCUCCCGCCGAGGAUGAGGAUGAGGAGCCUGGGACGCUCACGAAGCGCGGUCUACUGAAGAAGAAGCUCGGGCUGCAGUUCCUCGAUGACCCGAAUGCCGACGAGAACGUUAUCCGCGAGGCGAUGAACUCUCAGCUUAUCGGAACCGGACUCGCGGCCCCCAAGGGUACUUUUGACGAGCAGUCCGAGACUGUCGACGAGCUCGCCGACGCUGCCGCCGCUGCCGAAAGUGCCGCUCCCGCCGCCGCUACCCCCGAGGUUCCUAAGAAACCUAAGAUCCAGCCAUGGAAUAGCAACAGCUACAUGAUCUGCAAUGGCGUGCCCGUCGCCGUCGAUGGCGAUGUGACCAACAAGGCUCUGGAAGUGGCCAAGUUCACCGGCCCCGCCACUUCUUCUCUCCAAAAGCGUGGCGAUAUCCGCAACAAGUUUGGGUUUGGGAUGUUCGACAUGCCGAGCGUUAGCGGCCGGCGCAAGACGACCCAGGCGCCCCCUGCCGAGGAUGAGGAGGAGUAUCAAGAGGAGGAGGUGGAGGUGGUGGAGGAGGAGGAGCCUGCCGCUGUCCCCGCCCAGAAGGAGAAAGAAGCGAUCCUUCCGCACCCUUCGCAGACGAUGGACGAAGCCAGGGGCCUUCCAUUCGAUGAGCUCCCCCAGGGCAAGAGCUUCGUCAUCUACAACGGCAAGCCGGUGGAAGUGAACGGAAGUCCAUUCAACGGAGCCAAGAUCAAGAAGCCGCGUCCGGCAUUCCGCGGCAGCCGGGACAACGACUACUCGCGCCUCGCGAAGCGCGAUCCCGGCAGAAAGUACACCGGCCUCAACCCGUUCAAGCCCAACCCUAUCACCGGGUGCCACAAGGAUUCGCGGCUCUCGGCUACGAGCAACGACAACGGCGAGACGAACCAGGAGAGGCAGGAACACCACAUCGAGGAGUUGAGUCCGCACACCACGGAGCAAGAGUCGAUCAAUGUCAAGGUCGGCGACAGCUAUGCGCUGUUCAACGGAAGGCCCAUCGAGCUGGCGGGAAAGAAGCCCACGCCCACGCCCGCGCCUGCGCCGGCGGAAAAGCAACACCCAGCGAGUUUGGCGAGUGGCGGAAUGGGCUUUUUCAAUGGAAUGUCGGCUUAAGGUGGUUUCAUCCUUCGGGUAUUAUAUGCGUGUAAAUUUUUAAUAGAGUAAUGGCUGUAUUUUGAGCGAG